UACUUGCUACGAAGCACUCGAUAUCAUGGGCGGAUUUCUUUCAGUCCCGUUGCUGUCCUUCGUCCUCCUGCCUACGAUAGCCUCCUACACCACCACCCUCAAUAUCCUCUUCUUCUACAUGACAUGGAGCACACUGUGGAAAUCUGGGGCACAGCCGCAUUCCGAUUAGCAUUCUUUGUGGUACCAUCCAUCAUAUUCUUCCUCUUUGACGUCUUGACGCCGUCGGCCGCGGUGGUCAUCAAGGCGCAUGGCGAGGCCGGGCUGCCUGGAGGCAAGAAACGGUUCAAGCUCCGGUUGAAGGAGUUUAAGAUUGCAGGAUACGCGCUCGGAAAUCUUCUCUUGUCUAUUUGUACGCAGACGGCCAUUGAAUGGUUCUUCACUCGAGUCCUGCGUGUGCGCAGUGCGAUUAAGGUGGCCGUCAGCCUUCCCACGCCGUGGACUAUAGGGUCUGAUGUAUUCUUCGCCUUUGUCCUUCGCGAGGGCUUGACAUACGUUAUGCACCGCUACGCCCUCCACCAUCCGAGGUCAUACCUCACAAAGCUCCAUAACGAAUGGUAUCACGAUCUGAGCUUACCGUUCCCUCUCACCGCGCACUACGACCACCCGCUCGUCUACCUAGUGCACAAGUUUGUUCCAACUUAUCUUCCCGCCAUGCUUCUCCGCUUCCACAUGCUCACCUACCUCGUCUACAUCGCCAUGGUCUCGCUUGAGGAGACCUUCGCAUACUCCGGAUACACCGUCAUGCCGACUAGUUUCUUCCUGGGCGGCGUUGCUCGCCGUAACGAAGACCAUUUGGUUUACUCGGGCGAAGGUAACUUCGGACCGUGGGGUGUCUUGGACUGGGUCGUCGGUACUAGUAUUGGUGAGACUGAUAUCGAGGACGACGUGCGGAAUGAGGCCCAUGAUCAUCAGAUUGGGCAGAGAGUGAGACAGGCGAUGGAUGCGAAUAAUCGCAAGGUGCAUGUCGAUUCUCUGCGCAGGAAUGGUCGGAAGAAGUAGAUCUGUUGAUGGAAUGGAUCAUUUUGGCAAGGGUGACAAUGAUUGAAUUUUUUGGGUUUCGAGGCGAAUGGAUUAAAUAGGUAGUAUAGAUUCGGGUUUUGGGGGGGG